GUAAAUAAGGAGAAAGAGGACGCUGAUCCCUCGGAGCACUCUCCUCCGCGUAGUCGGACUCAGUUGCAGGCGCAGUUGCAAUUGCAAUCCCUAAUUGCAGUCCCCAAUUCCCAAUUUCCAGUUCGUGCAGUUGCCGUUCCCUGGGUACUUCAUUUCCAGGGAAAGCCACCCGCCGAUCAAUUCAACAUUCAAAUCACGCAUUCCCCACUUGACCCAUUCAUUUUCUCCAGAUCAGCAAUCUCACUCUGGUUGCUUGCUUGCUGUGAUUCGCUGCAUGGUUGUUUCAGAGCGAGGUGGAUUAUUAUGGGGUCAUGUUAA